UUCACCUCUUCCUUGGAAGCACCAGCAAUCCUUUGCGUCUCUUGAAAGCACGAUGUUGUUCUUCUUUGGGAGAGAUUGAGAUUGAGAUUGAGAUUGAGAUUGAGAGAGAGAGAGAGAGAGAGAGGGGACGAAGUUGACAGCCGGCUUUUGCAGAUCUUAAUCUACUUGGGUCUUCGCGCAUGCCUUCCUCCCGCAAGAUUCUCGUGCCCCAAGGCGCGUCUCUUCGCUGUGUCCGGCAGCCAAAUCCAUCCGCCUCCCUUCCGCAAGAUUCUCGUACCGUAACGCGUGUCUCUUCGUUGUCUCCGGCAGCCACUUGUCCAUUGCAGCAGAAUGAUGCUGCUGUCGUAGCUUCUCCAUCACUGGAUUCUAAGAUCCCAUCCACCAUAUCCGACGCCGAUCGAGCCGAAGUCACUGUAUCGCACUCCCAUAAAGGCUGCUCAUCGAGUGCGUCAUUCGGAUUUCUAGUAGUAAUCAAUCACGAUUGGUGAGUGGACUGCGGUCAACGUGGAACCAAAGAAAAAGGUGGUGCUUUUGGGGUCACUUCCUUUCGCCAAUGGCGACUCUGUUGUGGGCAGUGGCAGACGUCUCUAUCCGCCAUUGUGCGCUCGGCGCUAUCCGACCCCAUCGGCAUCGGCAUCACAUCAUUCGAUGCCCUUGCGGAUGUCUCGUUAAGGCAUCGCGUGGUUCUCUCUGGUGAUGUGGUCAUCUCUAGUUCUUUGUUCGUGCAGGGAGUUGUUUUGGGAAGAUGAUGAGCUCCAACGAAGACAACGGAGGAGGAUGGCUUAUGGAUUACGGGCUCCUGGACGACUUCCCGGCCGCCGACUACAUCUGGUCUCCUCAGUUCCUUCACGAUCCCGCUGCCUCGAGCGCGAUCCUUGGGCUUGAGGUCGAGGUUCUGCAGGACGAGGAGGAUGCUCCCCUGGAGAAACGAGCACGAGUGGAAUCAUCUGCUGCACCACGAACCAAGGCUUGCCGUGAGAAAUUGCGGAGAGACAGACUCAACGACAGGUUCAGAGAAUUGUGCUGUGUGUUGGAUCCCGGGAAGCCUCCCAAGGCAGACAAGCUUGCCGUUCUAAGAGACGCCACUCAUCUGCUAAUCCAAUUGCGUGUUGAAGCAAAGAAGCUGAAGGAGUCGAACGAGGCACUGCAAGAUGCGAUAAAGAAUCUAAAGGCGGAGAAAUCGGAACUGAGGGAUGAGAAGACGAGGCUGAGGUGUGAGAAGGAGCAGAUGGAGCAAAUGCUUAGAGGCAUCAGCUUCACAGGUCAAUCUGCUGCGGUGCCUGCAACGAACGACAAAAGCUUUGCGUAUAUGCCAAUUUGCAUGUGGCAAUGGGUACCUCCGGCAGCUUUGGACACUUCUCAGGAUCAUGUGCUACGCCCUCCUGUGGCGUAGUGCUCUAAGAGUUCUACGAGUUGAUUGCUCGGAACUCGGAAGGAAUCGAGCAUGUAAUCCCAUUCAAAGUCUGGGAUCACUUGAUGUUGUAGUGGGGAUUAAAGAUGUCGAACGAUUGCCGAAAUAGAGUACUAGCAUAAAAAUAAAACACCAGCUUCUACA